AUGGCUGUGGACGAUCUAAAGAGCGAAUCUCGACACCUCGAGAAUUCCCUCAGCAAUGCUUCCCUCGACCAGCAAACAGUGCUCGAAGACUUGGAUGCAAUCGAGCAGACCAAGACGGGAAAGUUUCCGUGGCUGAUCUCGGCCACCGCAGCCAUCGGCGGUAUGCUCUUCGGCUACGACACGGGCAUCAUCUCGGCGGUCCUGAUCUACAUCGACGAUGACCUCGGCCACAUGCUGAGCUCGUCCGAGAAGGAGCUCAUCACGUCCAUCACCUCGGGCGCGGCCUUCUUCGGAGCCAUCUUUGCCGGCGCCACCGCCGACCGCUACGGACGCAAGAUCGCCAUCUACGUGGGCUGCGUGCUCUUCACCGUCGGCGCGAUCCUGCAGGCCGCCGCCUUCUCCCUAGCGCAGAUGACGGUCGGUCGCCUCGUCGUCGGCUUCGGCGUCGGGUCCGCUGCCAUGAUUGUUCCCAUGUACAUUGCCGAGGUGUCACCGGCCAAGUACCGCGGCCGCAUGAUCGGUCUCGACAAUAUGUCUAUCACGGGCGGCCAGCUCCUGAGCUACGGUAUCGGGGCCGCGUUCGCCUACGUGCCCGGGGGGUGGAGGUACAUGGUGGGCGGCGGCGCUCUCCCCGCGCUGCUCCUCGCGGCGCUGCUCCCCUUCUGCCCCGAGUCCCCGCGGCAGCUGAUCUACCACAACCGGCCCGACGAGGCGGCCGCGGUGAUCCGGCGCAUCUUCCCGCACGGCACGGAGCAGCAGGUCGCCGGCAAGGUGGCGCACAUGACCAUGCACGUCGAGGACGCCAAGAACACGAACCGCGGCAAGUCGCAGUGGUGGGUGCUCAAGCAGCUGUACGUCGUCCCGGCAAACCUGCGGGCCCUCCUGUCGGCCUGCGGCCUGAUGGCCAUCUCCCAGCUCGGCGGCUUCAACUCGCUCAUGUACUACUCGCCGACGCUCUUCGCGCUCGUGGGCUUCUCCAACCCCGUCGCUGUCGGUACCGUCAUUGCGGGGGCAAACUUCCUCUUCACCUGGGUCAACCUCAUGCUCGUCGACCGGCUCGGGCGCAGGCGCAUCCUCCUGUGCACCGUGCCGUUCAUGGCGCUGUUCCUCGUCAUCGCGGCCAUCGCGUUCCACUGGAUUCCCGUGCAGCACGACCUGUCGCUGCAGCAGGGCGCCAAGAUCGGGUGGCCGGCCAUCCUGGUGCUGGUCAGCAUGGUCGUGUACGUGGCCUCCUACUCGUCGGGCAUCGGCAACACGGCGUGGCUUAGCAGCGAAUUCUUCCCCAUGGAGGUGCGCGCCAUGGGCACCAUGAUGCUCACCAUGACGUGCUGGGGCUCCAACGUUAUUGUUGCGUCGACGUUCUUGACUCAGAUGGAGAACACGACCCCGUCGGGCGCAUUUGGCUUCUACGCGGCUAUCUGCGCCUUUGGCUGGGUGGCCAUAUACUUGUGUUACCCUGAGGUCAAGGGCAUGACGUUGGAGGACAUCCGGGAGGUGUUCAACCACGGGUUUGGUGUUAAAAAGGCCAGGGAGAUUCAGAGGCGGAGGAAGGAAGUCGCUGUGCACUACGCUGUCGACAAAGUGUGA